UUCUGCUCUGGGAGUGUUUCUCAUUUAAACAAACACGAGCCUGUCGAAGAUGGCGGAGAGUUUGUAGAGGCGUAAAAGAAACUGCUCUGCUCAAUGAAAGCGUCGAAGCCGGAGAUGUUGAGAAACUGAAGUGAUGCUAGAACCUGAAUGGAGCUUGACUGCGGUUUGAACUGGCCAAGGAUGUGAGGCUGGCUGAAGGCUGAUGUCAUCUUUCUCCACUGCUGCAGAGGUGCUGAUAUGUGCUGAAGAUGAGUGGCGUAGGAGACAACUUGUUGGAGCCACUGUGCUCCGACCGCAAACGUAAACUGUCCACCUGUGACACACCAGGCUUAGGGUGUGACAAGCGUCGGAGGGAGCAGGAGAGCAAGUACAUCGAGGAGCUGGCUGAGCUCAUCUCUGCCAACCUCUCUAACAUCGACAGCUUCAAUGUCAAGCCUGACAAAUGUGCCAUCCUCAAGGAGACCGUGAGACAGAUUAGACAAAUCAAAGAGCAAGGAAAGAGCUCUUGCAGUGAUGAUGAUGUCCAGAAGGCGGAUGUGUCCUCCACUGGUCAAGGGGUCAUUGACAAGGACCAUCUGGGGCCGCUGCUCUUACAGGCCCUGGAUGGCUUUCUGUUUGUGGUGAACCGAGAGGGCAGCAUUGUAUUUGUGUCAGACAACGUGACCCAGUACCUGCAGUACAGGCAGGAGGAGCUGAUCAACACCAGUGUGUACAACAUCAUCCAUGAUGAGGACAGAGAGGAGUUUCACAAGAAUCUACCCAAGUCCAGUGCACCAAAUGGGGCGUCAUGGGGAGCAGAGGCACCCCGGCAAAAGAGUCACACCUUCAAUUGUCGCAUGCUUGUGAACUUUGUUCAUGGUCAGAGUCAUUCGUUGCCAGAAGAGAGGGCUGGAGGCCAACGCUAUGAGACCAUGCAGUGUUUUGCCCUCACUCAGCCUCGGGCUAUGAUGGAGGAGGGAGAAGAUUUGCAGUCAUGUAUGAUCUGUGUGGCGCGACGUAUCACUGCAGUAGAGAGGACGGAGAGGUUUAGCACUCGCCAUGAACUGUCAGGCAAACUGAUUGAAAUUGAACAGCAGAGCUCUCUUCACACUACUAUGCGCCCAGGCAGGGAAGACCUGAUGAGGCGCUGUAUGCAGAUGUUCCUACAACGCAGCGAGGGACAACCCUGGUACUACAAACGCCACUAUCAAGAUGCUUUUCAUAAUGGCCAUGCAGAGACCCCACUCUACCGCUUCUCUCUCUCUGAUGGCACCCUAGUCACAGCCCAGACCAGGAGUGACCUCUGCAGGAAUCCCAACACCAAUGAACCACAGUCUUUCCUGUCUACACACUUGCUACAAAGGGAGCAAAAUGUUUAUAGUGGAAACCAGGGAGGAGGCAUGCGGCCUCAAAGCAUGGGUGUGAGCAAUCCCAACCAACAGAUGAACAUGGGGAUGAACAGGGGCUACAACAUGGCUGAACAGGGCAACAUGACACAAAGAGGAGCCCCUCCAUACACCGGAGCCAACCGCAUGAAUCCCAUGAACCAGAUGAAUCAAAUGAAUCCCCUGAGUCAGAUGAAUUCCAUGCAUCAGAUGAAUCAAAUGAAUUCCAUGCAUCAGAUGAGUAACAUGGGCCAAAUGAAUCAGAUGAAUCACAUGACUUCCAUGCAUCCAAUGAACUCUCCCAUGAACUCAAUGAACCAAAUGGGGCCCAUGAACCAGAUGGGCCACCAUGGCAUGCAUCAGCAGCAGCACCAACAUCAGCAAAUGGGUCAGUUCCAUGGAGGUGGAGGUGGACCUGGAGUUGGAGGGUAUGGGAUGGGAAUGACCAGUCCCCCCCAGGCUAGUCCAGGGAUUAAUGGCCCCCCACAUAACAUCAUGGGUUCACCCAGAAUCCGAAGAAGUCCGAAGACCGGUGCCAGCCCCUUCUCUCCCGGAGGUAUGAACUCUCCCAUGAGCUCCAGUCACCCCGGUAACUCUGCAGGUGGAGGUGCCACCUUCUCCAGCAGUUCCUUGAAUGCCCUCCAAGCCAUUAGUGAGGGAGUGGGAAAUCCGAUGCCCUCCCCACUCAUGUCACCUCCCACUCACAAGCCUGACAGCUCCCCAAGCAUCAAUUCCACCAAUCAGGCAGUAGUGGGACCUUGUAAACCAGGCCUCCCAGCCUACUCUGACUCAAAGAGUCCAGGAAACUCACUGGGGGCUGGGGGAGAACAGCAGCCUCAGCAGCACCCGCACACUCCAACCAGCGAGGGCCCUCCUGACAAGCCAGACAGCCAGGCCAGCAGAGAGGUGGGUACAGCUAGUGGAGAAUCCAACCGACGUGUCUCUGACAACAAGUGCCACAAAAAGCUUCUGCAGCUCCUCACCUCCCCUACAGAUGAGCUGGUGCCACCUAAUCACACGCCGAGCUCCAGACCCGGUUCCACACCUGAGGCUAAAGAUGGAACAGGGUCCGUCACCAGCCCAUCUUCCUCAACGGGAGUGUCGUCGUCUACAGGCGGGAAUCACAGCAGUGUGUCCUCUGGUGGAACAGGACAUUUAACAAAUCAGUCACUGCAGGAGAAGCACAAGAUCCUCCACAAGCUCCUGCAGAAUGGGAACACUCCUGAUGAAGUGGCUCGCAUCACAGCUGAGGCCACUGGGAAGAACGUCUUGGAUUCAGGGCCAGCAGAGCCUGGGCCUGCAGCCCUUGGUGGUGUUAGGGGAUCAGAAUCAAAGCAGGAGCAGCACAGCCCAAAGAAGGAGAAGCACCAUGCUCUCCUUCACUACCUCCUCAAUAAGGAUGAUUCUAAUGAAAGUGGUGACAUGAAGCCAAAGCUGGAAGAGCUGGAGGGGAGAGGAGCUCAUCUGUCACGAGUCAACAGCUCUGACCUUCACAGCAUGGAUGGGAAGGUCAAGUUGGAGCCAUCUGAUGAGAGAGAGACCCUGGAGUCAAUUCUUAGCGUCUCAAGGAACAACUCUGGUUUCUACGCUGAACCAGACUCCAGAGCAGGGAAGGAAGUGGUAAACAAACCAGGAAAUAUGCCUGAUGGUUUACACGAUGGGGAGAGAGGCCCCAUGCCUUCAGUUCAGCGUGGUGCCUUUCAGAGAGCCUUGUCCAUGGAUGCCAAGCCCAUGGGUGGUGAGGGAGCAGUAGGGGCCGGGCUGGCUGUGAGAAGGAAUGUCCCAUGCCCCACGCUGGUCAACCAGGAGAACAUGGAUGCUCCAAUCCGACCUGGGGCUGUGCCCAGUGGCUUUCCUGGAAGCAUGGGUGUGUGUCUACCACGAGGAGGUAUGGGCAGAGGAAUAGGAAUGCCCCAGUGCUCUCCCAUGGCAGGGCCAGGGGAGUGGGGGAUGCACAAAUCCAGCAUCAGUCCUGUUGGUGGACCGGGACACCCAGGCAUGGGUCGCUCUGGCCCAAUGGGAGGACCUAUGAUUAGCCGCUCCAACAGUGUCCCUGGAAACACCAGGUCUAUGCUGCAGCAGCAACUGAUGGAUAUGGGUCCCAGUGAAGUCAGUAUGAGCCCGUUUGGUGGACAUGGACCCCCACCUCAGUCCCCCUCCUGGCCAGACUCUGCCAUGGGAAUGGACAGACCACAGAAUAACUCAACCAGGGACCAGUUUGCACAUCCCCUGGAUGAGCUACUGGGACCCCUGGCCAACAGUGAGGGCCCCAGUGAUGAACGGGCACUCCUGGACCAGUUGGACUCUCUGCUCAACACCGCCGAUGUCAUUGCCCUGCAGGAAAUUGACAGAGCCUUAGGCAUCCCUGAAAUAGUAGGCCAGACUCAGGGACCUGAAGGUCACCAGCAGGGUCAGGACCAAGGCCUGGGUCAGUGCCGGCCAUCAGAGACUUUCCCAGGACAUGAUUCCUCUAUAGGCAUGGACCAAAAACCCAUGUAUGGCCAGGGCUACCCCGGGCCCCCAGGGCCCCCCUCCAUUGGCAUUCAGCCUGGUUAUGGUGGACACGGGAUGCAAGGCCAGACUCCCGGAGGCUUCAACCCCAUGAUGAAUCAGAUGGGUCAAACAGGGGGCUUCCCAGGCAUGGGGGCUAUGGGCAACCCCCGUGCAAACCUGAUGAGGCCUCGCAUGCUCCCCACUAAACCUCUGCGACUGCAGCUACAACAGAGACUGCAAGGGCAGCAGUUUAUGAACCAGACCCGACAAGGCAUGAAGAUGGAAAAUGCCCCCGCUGGAAACCCUGCCAUGCGUCCAGCCAUGCAACCUGGCAUGCAGCCUGCAGGCAUUGCUGGUCAGCCUGGUUUCCUGAAUGCCCAGAUGAUGGCUCAGCGCAGCAGGGAGAUGGUGACCAUGCAGAUGAGGAGGCAGCGGAUGAUGAUGCUGAUGCAGCAGCAGCAGCAGCAGCAACAGGGGCAGGGGGCAGCAGGAGGUUUCAGUCCUCCCCCUAAUGUCACUGCACCUGGAAGCAUGGACAGCCCCAUGGCAGCUGCCUCGCUGAACCAACCUGGACAGCAGGGCUUCAACUAUGGAGGUAACUAUGGUAUGAGCCAACAGGGGGACCCAUCAUUUAUGUCUCCAGGUAGCAGCUCGCCAGGAAACAUGAUGCAAGGACGAAUGGGAGGUCCUCCUCAGAACACCAUGAUGCCAGGAAUGCAGGGGAAUCCCCAGGGAGGGCCCAUGUACCCAUCUGGAGACCUGAAGGGCUGGCCCCAGGGUGGCAUGCCACGCAACAUUUCAUACCCCCAGCAACAGUUCCCCCAGCAGGGCAACCAAGGCCAGUUUGGACCCAUGAUGAUGAACAAUUCCAUGGGUGGACCUGGGCUGGUCAGUGGGGCCGGUGCAGGACAGAUGAGCCCAAUACCAGGGCAGAUACAAGGUCAGAUGCAGGGCCAAAUGGGCAUGAACACCAUGGGAAUGGGCAGAAUGCCAAUGGGACCUGAUCAGAAGUAUUGUUGAGGACAGCAGAAUCUGGAGCCUGUCAGCUGUGCAGAGCAAUCUGGGCCAGGAAGAGAGCUGGAUUUAGACACACACACACACACACACACACACACACACACACACAGCAGGAGUUCCUCAGCAUAAAACAUGGUGCAGGAGACUCAGCACUGCAUACUGCACAUCCUGGGAGAAGUGGGCAUCAAGGUUCAUCCCCAUCUGAAGCCUCACAUGUUGUAACCCUGUUUAGGUAAUGCAAUGGUAAUGCAAAAAUAUCAGUGUUUGUGUGUUUGUGUGUCUUCACUCGAGCUGCUUGGCACAACCAGGCUGCAGUAUGGGACUACGGUACAACUGGCUGUGGCUGCACUUUACCAGGAGGCUUCUGUGUGGAAUAAAGAUUGAUGCAAUAUAUCUUCAUCAUUACAGCCUUACUAGAGAUUCAAUGCCUUCACAACAAUGGGUUUCUGUUUGUUUAAGUUUUGUUUGUUUGUUUGUUUCUUAUCCUCUGGAUGCGCCUCAUUCUUAUGUCAUUGGAAGCUAUAAGCACACAGUUUACUAUGUUAUGCAGAUUGGAGCAAUAACUCACAUCUCUAUGCUUUCGACUGUAACUGAGCAUCUUUACUCCUGUUAUAAGCAAAAUGGUACUGCAGUAUUAGAUGUAUCAAAUGUCCUCUGUGAAUAUAAAUUGUAAAUAUUCUACAAAAUAUAUCAAACCUGCUUUUUAAAGGCCCAUUAUUGCACAGCAUAUGAGACCAGGUUGUAUUUUUUUGUCCCAUAGGUCAAUACUGAUUUGGUUAAUUUGCUUUUUUUUAUGCCUUUGCAAAUAUUGCAGGCAUGUUUGGGUUUUCCUUCUUCUGUCAUUGUCUGAAUUCUGAAUGUUGUUUUUUUUUUUUUUUACUUUUUCAACAAAAAAAAAAGCUAUGUCUUUCAUGUUAAAGUAAGGCACUUUUAACUUGUAAUGAGGAUCCGAUGAGUUGAAGAUGUGAGCUUUCUCACUGUCAGAUGUUUUAUUGGAUGGUGGUGCAAGUGACCUUUACCAGGACAGUCCAUUAUGUCAUGUUGUUAUUUUGUGUGAUCAUGUGUUAGCUGAGCUGUGUGUGUGUUUGCUCGUCUGCAGCACAGUGGAGGACAGAAACACUCUUCAGCUCGCUAACAGGCCUGGUCCUUGCAGUGUUUUCCCCUUCUCAUCAGCUCCGUCAUGUAUUUUUUAUUUACACAUUUUAUUCUUGUUUUAACUGUUAGUCUGAACUUGCCGAAUCUACCUUUUCAACACGCGCAAUCCAAAGAUAUUUUUCCAGUUUUCUGUAUAGUUUCUGAGGUUUCUGGUGUACAUUUUUUUGUGAUAUGCGUUAUGUUAUUCUGGUGGUAAAUGGGUACAUAUCAUGGAUCUGUAAUAGCAUAUGAUGGCCAUGUACUGUAAACAGAAAGGCCACGGGGCUAAUAAGUUGUUCGUCCAUGCGAUGGCGAUCAGCGCAGAAUGAAGAGGACUGGAAACUCUCAACCCCCCACAGCAGAACGUUUAUACACCCAGAAAAACCCACACACACACAAAAGCAUGUCUGCUGUGAAAGAGAAUUACUGAUGGAAUGAAAUCCACUUUUAAGACGACAUAUCAAUAUCUCUUCUAUUUUUCAGGAAACAAUUUCAUUUUAUGUCCAGAUUUUGUUACUUAAGGAAAAAGGAACUUUUUAAAAAGAGUUUGAAAUCCAGAAAGCGGCAAGAGAUCAUUUGGUUUGAUUUUCUGUGGAGGUAAGAUAAGCUUUCAUUUUGCGGGAUGUAUAUCACAGUUUUUUUUUUUUUUCUUCUGAUGAUGUUGAUAUUGAUGUAAAUACAAAUUUCUAUUUAAAUACUCUUGACUCUGGUUCUCUAAUUAUCUGCUCACUGUGGUUAUGAGCAGCGAUGCAACCACAUAAUGUUCUCAGUUCUCAUACUGGUAACUAUCAGCCUGUAUAUUCACUGACAAAAAACAAAAAGAGGGGUGGAGGGCUGCAGUUUUCAUGUUAUUGCAGAAAACUUAUGAAGGAUUCAUUCAUGUCCAUGUUUAAAUUGAAUAUUCUUCUGUCAGAAUAAAAGCUGCAUUGUUUUGAUUUUCUGUGAUGCUCCCUGCUAG